GUCAAAUAUAAACUCUGGUGAAAGGUUAUGUUUACCAACAACGUUCUUUAUGUUAUAAUUAUCACUUCUUUAACAAUAACCUCAUAGAAUUUAUACUAAAUAAUGUCUAUACCAUUAUUAUCCACAACUAGAUUAUUUAUCGUGAAAAAUGCCAUUUAUUACCGUUCAAAAUUCGUUUAUACUCGCAAUAUUAAACUAAGAUAUUCUACAGAAGCCACUAGUCAACAAGAAGAUGGUUGGACUAAAUGGAAAGCAAGUUUGAAGGGAUUUGUCCCAAUUGGGCUUUGUUUAGUAGCUGUUAUGCAAUGGAGAUAUUAUCGAAAACGGAUGUCAGAUCGAACAGCAAAUGAUUUUGAAGUAAAUUGUUAUUGCGUGUUACCUUUAAGGAUGGUUAGUCGAUGGUGGGGUUGGCUGGCAGAUAAACAUAUGCCAGAAUUUGUUCGUCCCUACAUUUAUGGUUUAUACGCAAACACAUUUGGUGUUAAUUUAUCAGAAGCUGCUAACGAUGAUUUAAAAUCAUACAAAACUUUAUCAGAUUUCUUUUCAAGACCUUUAAAAGACGGUGUUCGUACAAUAGAUAAAAAUUCGUUUUUAGUUUCGCCGUGUGAUGGAACCGUUUUACAUUUAGGAACUGUUCAUACAAAUCAUGUUGAACAGGUUAAAGGAGUUACAUAUUCUUUAGAAAAUUUCUUGGGGGAAAACACCUGGAAUAAAAACAACAAAAAGGAAGAUUAUCGCGCAUCACUUUUACAUAAACAGGAAGAAAAUCACACUUUGUAUCAAUGUGUUAUUUAUUUAGCACCAGGAGAUUAUCAUAGAUUUCAUUCCCCAACUGAUUGGAAGCCAUCACAUCGAAGACAUUUCCAUGGAGAACUUUUAUCAGUAAAUCCCUUAAUAGCACAAUGGCUACCGGGGUUAUUUUGUUUAAAUGAGCGAGCUGUUUAUCUUGGGGAAUCACAACAUGGUUUUUUUUCUUUUACAGCAGUGGGGGCUACAAAUGUUGGAAGUAUAAAAGUAAACUUUGAUAAAUCUUUACAAACAAACAGGCCUAAAUCAACCCAAUUAACGAAAGAUAAAUUUUUGGGGAGCAAUUUAUCAUUGAAAAAGGGCGACCCCGUUGGAGAAUUUAGAAUGGGAUCAACGAUCGUUUUGGUUUUUGAGGCACCACCUAAUUUUAAAUUUAAUAUUAAGUGUGGACAAAAAGUUAAAAUGGGACAAGGAAUUGGAAUCGUUGGUCAGCAAAGUUUUACAGAGAGAGUACAACAACGUGAAGGAAAUAUUUCUAAAAAUGUUUUGUAGGAUUUAUUUGUUAAAAUAAGAUUUUUGCACAUUGUGAUAAAAUUUAUUAAUAAAUGCUAUUAAUUAUUCUUAA